AUGAACCUCUUUACAAUCUUAGCUUGGGGUUUCCUUUAUGUUCCCCUUGUACUGGGAGAGGGAUACUAUUCCUUGAACUUCGAUGCACGAGUUCCGAUUGCUCUGGGAAUACUGGGAAGUUCAUAUCAGAAAUAUACAAUUAUGGCAGAUAGAAGUCUCUUAGGAGGAAGCAAUAUCGACUUGGACGUCACAUUCAGUGGUAUUAUCGAGUUGCUCACCAACAGAGUACACAUUGUUGUUAGUCUGCCUGAUGCCGAUGGAAGGGUAUCAGUCUACGACAUGUAUUCGGGAACAUCUUUGGGGUACCUGUCAUUCGUGUGUAGUCUUACUACUUGCGAGGUUCAUGCUGUAUCCUCCAGCAGUGGUGCGACAACCUGGACGCUUGAUGGUAAUCAAUUAAUACCGACCAGCCCCUCGACCGUAUACGCCUGUUAUCGUUCGUUAGUGGGCUUACUUGCGCAGUAUACUCUUAAUGAUAGAACAAGUAUCACCGCUCAAUGCGAGCAGACUAAUUUAUAUGUCGAGCUGGCCAUACCUGCCUUCCCUGAGACAACGGCUGUAUGGACAGGCACUUAUACCACAUGGACUACAGAUGAAUCUGGGUCGGUGAUAGAACAAAUGCCCACACCAUCAGCUGACACAACAACAACUUGGACUGGCACCUACACUACUUGGACAACCGAUGCAGAUGGAUCUGUGAUUGAACAAAUACCCACCCCACCAGCCGAUACCACAUCAGUCUGGACUGGCACCUAUACCACCAGGACCACUGAUGCAGAUGGAUCAGUCAUUGAACAGAUUCCAACCCCAUCAGCUGACACCACUUCGAUUUGGACUGGCACUUAUACCACAUGGACAACUGACGCAGACGGAUCCGUGAUUGAACAGAUUCCAACUCCAUCAGCUGAUACAACUUCGGUAUGGACUGGUACCUAUACCACCUGGACAACUGACGCAGACGGAUCCGUGAUUGAACAGAUUCCAACCCCGUCAGCUGAUACAACUUCGGUAUGGACUGGCACUUAUACCACCUGGACCACUGAUGCAGACGGAUCNGUUAUCGAGCAGAUUCCAACCCCGUCAGCUGANCCUGAUCAGAACUUCNGUAUGGACUGGCACUUAUACCACCUGGACCACUGA